AUGGACGAUAAGGACUGGCCGUUGCAGCCGUUCAACGAAGCAGUCGAGUCAUCGGACCUCAGAAGAGAAUGGGAGGAAUGGCAUCGUUCAUUCGAGCUAAUCCUUGAGAUGAAACGUAUCGAGUGUCAGCACGAGAAGCUCGUGUUGUUACUAGCCCGAGGAGGACGCGGAUUACAGCGCAUUUUUUACAAUUUGCGUCCGGUAGCAGAGGAGAUAUACCCUGAACCGGUUCCGGUGCCGUUGAUACCAAAGGAAACUCCCGAAUACGACAAUGCUGUCUUGAGGUUAAGUAAAUUUCUCAUCGGUAAACGCAAUGUUCGGAUUGAACUGGAACUGUUUCGUACGCUCAAACAAUCGGAAUCUGAGUCGUUCAGUCAAUUUUUGUUGAGGUUGCGUACGCAGGCGGCACGCUGCGAAUUUCAAGAGCGCGAGGAAAUCGAGAUUCUUCAGCAGGUGACUGUAGGAGCAUUUGAUGAGCGGGUCCGAGAUAAAGGGCUCGAAGGGACAUUCAACCUCGACGCGAUCACCAACUACGCUAUGAACAGGGAGAUGCUUCUUAAGCAGAAAGAGAAAGCGAAGACUUUGAAGGAGGAACCAGCCGUAGUAGUGGCGGUGAAGCUGGAGCGGAAUGCAAGGACUGCUUUCAGAGGAAAAAUCAGAACCCGGCCAUUCCAGUCUGGACCUAGACCAACCGGUGGCGAAUGCAAUCGGUGUGGUUCAUACCGCCAUUCGAAUGAUCACGUGCGUUGCCCAGCUAAGAAAGCCCGUUGCAAUAACUGCGGAAAGAUCGGCCACUUCGGUAGGAAAUGCCGAGGCGGUUAUAAACGCUUUGGUCGUCGCGAGACCUGGAAGAAACCGAAGGAAGAAGCCAACGUCGUUACCUCCGAAGAUGACUGGAAUGAAGAGCUACCUCGCCGUCCGGUUCCGGAAGACAUUCAGCAGGUCUCUUCUUCCCCUCGGAACAAUGGAAUCAUAACUUGUCUGGUCAACAAUUUCCCCGUCGAUUUUCUCAUUGACUCUGGGGCAGCGAUUAAUACAAUUACCGAGGAGGUUUGGGCUGAACUACAGAGGAACAAUGUUGAUGUUGUUAAACGAAACGCUCAAGGGGAUCGUCAGUUCUCGUCUUAUGCCAGUGAGAAACCCCUCCGUGUUCUAGCUACUCUUGAGUCCAAAAUUUCCAUCAAUCCCUCGAAACCGAUUACCUAUGCGGAGUUCUUCGUCAUACAAGGGGCCAACCGUUCGUUAUUGAGCAAAACAACAGCUGAAGAGCUGAAUGUGUUGAAAGUCGGCCUAGAUGUCCAUCAGGUAGAGGAAACUGUAAACCCUUUUCCGAAGUUCCCCAAUGUGCAAGUGAAGCUGUCAGUGGAUCCUUCAAUUCCACCCAAAAAGGUUGCAUAUCUCAGGAUUCCAGAACCUAUGAAAGAUAAGGUUGAUGAGAAGAUUCAGGAGAUGCUCCGACAGGACAUUAUUGAACCGGUUCGAGGUCCACCUGAUUGGAUUUCACCAUUAGUGAUCGUUCCCAAAGGAAAAGGAGACGUACGACUCUGCGUGAACAUGAGGUUUCCGAAUCAAGCGAUUCAAAGGGAGCACUAUCCAAUCCCGGUGAUUGAUACCGUUUUGAACGAACUCCGGGGGUCAACGGUUUUCUCACGGCUAGACAUGACCUCCGCCUAUUAUCAUCUGGAACUUCAUCCUGAUUCCCGUAACGUCACAACAUUCAUGUCAAACCGAGGAUUAAUGCGUUUCAAGCGGCUCAUGUUCGGGAUAAACUGCGCUCCCGAAAUAUUUCAACGGGUGAUGACGGAAAUGUUGGCGGGAAUCGAUGGAGUCGUGGUUUAUAUAGAUGACGUCGUAGUUGCCGGAAGAACUCUGGAUGAACAUGACAUGAGGCUGCAGAAAGUACUAUCGGUAUUGGAGAGCAACAAUGCGAAGCUGAAUCUCGAGAAAUGCGUAUUUCGCGUUACAGAGCUGGAAAUUCUGGGGUUCAAAGUAAAUGCCCUCGGAAUCCGCCCAUCUGAGGAGAAGAUUGCUGCAAUUCGGAACUUUCGCCUGCCGGAAACGAAAGAGGAGGUCCGGAGCUUUCUGGGGCUCGUGAAUUUUGUGGGCCACUUCAUUCCAGAUCUAUCAACCCGCACGGAACCGCUUCGUAAAUUCAUUCGUGGAGAAAUCGUAACCUUUGGGGAAAACCAGAAAGCAGCAUUUGACGAUCUUCGCAACGAGCUAACAACAAAAGUGAGGCAAUUAGGUUUUUUCGAUCCCAAGGACACGACAGAGCUUUACGUGGAUGGCUCUCCAGUAGGCUUGGGGGCAGUGCUUAUCCAGCGUGACAAGGCGCAGUGGCCCAGAAUCAUAAGCUUCGCCUCAAAAAGUCUGACGAAUGCUGAACGUUUGUAUCCUCAGACACAGCGUGAAGCAUUAGCCGUAGUGUGGGCUGUGGAAAAGUACUAUCUGUACUUGUUUGGACUCCGCUUCACAGUAUUUACGGACCAUAAAACUCUCGAAUAUAUGUUCGAGGGGAAGUAUCGUGAUGGCAGGCGAGCGUGUUCGCGAGCACAGGGCUGGGCUUUGCGGCUCCAGCCUUAUGACUUUCAGAUCAAGCAUAUCCAGGGAGCAAAUAACAUUUCAGAUGUCCUAUCUCGUCUGUGCACUACUGAAGAUGCGCCAUUUGACGAGUCAUCUCAGCACUUUCUCUGUGCUGUAGGAGAAUCACCGGAUGCCAUUACUCUAGAAGAAAUCCGCACUGAGACGGCACGUGAUCCAACCCUCACCGGAGUUGUCGAAGCCAUGAAAACUCAGAAUUGGCCAUCGGAUCUGUUUCGAUUCCAAGCUUUCAGCAAAGAAUUAGGGUUGAUUGAUGGUAUCGUGGUACGUGAGGACAGAAUCGUCUUACCGUUGAAGUUGCGUCGGCGGGCAUUGGACAUCGCGCACCGAGGACACCCCGGAAUCGUAGCAAUGCGCCGCAAUUUGCGACAAUACGUGUGGUGGCCGUGUAUGGACAAGGAAGUUUGCAGUGCUGUAACAGAAUGUGUUGGAUGUACUGCAGUUAGCGGUCUCAAUCCACCUGAACCAAUGAGUCGUAAAAUGAUGCCGGAGAGGGCUUGGCAAGAGAUAGCCAUUGACUUUCUGUCCGCCAAAGAGUUCGCUACUUUCUUGGUUGUGGUGGAUUAUUACAGCCGGUAUCUUCACGUGAUAGAAAUGAAGAGCACGACUGCGACGAGGACGAUUGAAGCGCUCAUGAGGAUUUUUAAAGACCACACGUUCCCUGAAUCUAUUCGCUCGGACAAUGGGCCACCAUUCUCAAGCGAAGAAUUCUCUCAGUUCUGUGCCAGUAAAAACAUCAAAUUGGUGAAAGCCAUACCAUAUUGGCCUCAAAUGAAUGGCCUGGUUGAACGCCAGAACCAGGGCAUUCUGAAGGCUCUACGGAUUUCCAAAGCUCUUAAAACUGAUUGGCGGAAGAGCUUGGAGGACUACGUGUAUAUGUACAAUACCACCCCUCACACGGUUACCGAGAAACCUCCCCUGGAACUGCUAACUGGGCGUCCGGUCAAAGACCUGUUGCCUUCCCUGCGGACAGAUCCCCAUUGGCAACGAGACGAAACCAUACGAGAAAACGACGCGAUGAAGAAAAUGCAGGGUAAGCUUUAUGCCGAUCAUCGCCGACAUGCUAAGGAAUCGGACAUCUCCAUCGGGGAUAUAGUGAUGCUGAAGAGCUACGAGUCCGGAAAGCUUGAAUCGACUUUCAAGAUGGAGAAGUUCACGGUUCUGGAGCGAACCGGUACUGAUACAGUUGUUGUCAACAAAGACGGAGUGAAAUACCGGCGUCCGGUUGCCCACUUGAAAAAGUGGCCAUCUCCAUCGUUACCUUCCACCACCUCUGAUUCUUCCACAGGUUCCCAUAAAACCUCGGAGCAGGACGUCUUGAACCAUGAACCCAAGGAUGUGGAGCUUCCUCAAACUUCGUCGCCUAUGUCUGCACCGAACCUAGCAGAGAGAAAGGAGGAUGAUCGGCAGACAACGUGUUCAUCACGGAAGCGUGUCAACCACUCAGAGAAUGAUGCAAACCAGGAUCAGCGGGAUGUACGCGCAAAAGUGGAACAUGCAAAUCUCCCAGCGCAGACGGGAUCGCGGCGAGUGCCGGAGCUGUCGUAA